AUGUUUUACAAAAUCCCAUUAAAUAUCUAAAGUAACUAAGUAAAAUCCAUUCCUAAAAAGCUCCAUACAAUCGGUAUAAUUGAUGCUUCUGGCUCAAUGAGCAGUUGGUGGGGUUCAAUCGCCGAUUUCUGGAACUCAGAUGUAAUUCCUAAAGAAAAUCUCCGAACAAUAACAUUUGAUACUAAACCCCAUUACUUAGAAUCUAACAUUUUAAGCAAAAAAAUAAGCCAACACGGUGGUGGAGGUACCAACAUCCCUGAAGCCUUCAAAAUGUUAGAAUAAAAAGUGUAAAAUAUCCCAAUAGACGAGGAUAUUACAGUUAUCUUCAUAAGUGAUGGAGAGGAUAAUAAUAUGGAUACUAUAGAAAAAAGAUUCUAAAAACUGAAUGGAAAUUAAUCCCAUAAACUGAACUUUAUCUGUUUAGGUAUAUAAAGUGGUUUUCCUACUUUUUUAAGUGUUCGUUUGAGAUAAAUUUACCAUAAAGGUGAUGAUAGUAUUCCAGCUCUUUUUUUAAUAGAAUAUAUGUCCGAAAAAGCACUUUUUAAUAAAUUUGAAGGAAUGAGAAAUUACUUUUAUGCAGCUAAUAUAGUCUCUAUAGACCCUCCUGUAAUGCUUUUCCCUUGGAAUGAAUCCGUAACUGAUAGCGUAUAUGAGGGUUCUUGGGUAAUUUCUAAAAGUGAUUAAUUAAUUCUUAAUGAAUCUAUUGUUGUAAAAGUGGAAAAAAAAGCACUUUCAAUUGAAGAUUCAGUAGAUUUAAUUAAAGGGUGGGUCCAAAACUUGACUAUGAUGUCAAUUAGUUAACUUGAAUAAGCUUAGAAGUACUCAAAGAUGGCUCUAGAGUAUAUGAAUGAUUUGCUAGAAGACUUAAAUAAUACUUAUGGAAUUAAAAAUCUCCUUACUAUUAAUUAAGAAGAAGUCAAUAAAGGUAAAACCUUUCCUGAAAGAGCUAAGUUGAAUUAUAUUUUAAAAAAUGGUUUAAGACUUUAGUGGUUUUUUAAUGAAAUUUAAUAACUUUUGGAAAGAAAACCAGGUCAAAAAGAAUCGGAAUUUGAAGUUGCAAAAAGAAUGAAUAUAGGUACUAUUACGGGAAAAUAUUCAUAGAAAAUUCUUUCCUUGAAAAAUAUUACUUUGGAUAUAUUCGAAUAAAUGAAAAAUAAUUAUCUUUAAAAUAAUGAAUUUUUAAAUUAAGAAUUCGCUGAAGGAUUGACUUUGACAAAAAGCUAAUUUGAUUUAAUGGAAACUUUACAUUUUAAAGGAAUUGCCUUAAAAGUUAAAAGAAAUGAAGGCUUUUUGGAAAGUUAUUCUGCUUUUACUGUAAAAGAAGUUGAUGUAGAUAGAGUUAUUAAUUUAUCAGAAUUGGCAUUAAACUAAUUUAAUAUUAAUGAUGGAGAAAUUAAUUGCAUAUUACCUCUCUUGGAUGAUGAAUAUUAUAAAAAUUGUGCUAAACAUAGCUUAUUUUAGCUUAUUUUUAGCUUUAUAGUGACUACUAACUAUGAUAUCUUCCUUGAAGACGCUUAUUUAGUUCUUUUAAGCAGAGUCCUUGUUUUUGCAGAGAAAAACAAAAAUUAAAAUCUGAAAGAAAUAGUAUUUAAAAACUUGAAAAUCUACAUAGAUUCAAGACCUAAUCUGUUUUUGGAAAUCGAAUAAAAUUUUUAGGAAGGAAAAAUAAAAGAUUAAUACGACUCUGGAUUAUUAUACUUAUAUUUAUCCUAUUACAGUAGUUUUAAUAACGAUAAAUUUUCCAAAAAAUCAGUUAAAGAUUUAUCAAAUAUUUUAGUUUUGAAUUAUUUUAUAGCUUUAAUAUAAAAAAAUACAUUAAUAAGUUUAAUUUAGACUGAUUUUAACUGGUCUAUAGAUGAUUAAGUUGAAGAUUUCAAGAAAAAGACUCUUUCAUUUUAUUAUUUGGGCGAGUUGAGAAAAGAAUUACCUAAAUACAUUUGCGAAUUGGUACUUUCAGGUAAAAACUCUUAAAUAACAUUAAAUGAAGGACUUGUUUAUGCAGAAGAAAUAGGAUUUGUACCUUUAAAAAAUAUCGAAUAAUAUACUGAAAUAUAGAAUUUAUAAAAUGAAUAUAUUUCUUUUAUUUGCCAUUGUAAUAAAUAUAAAGGAGAAAAGGUUUUUACGAUGGAAUUAGUAAACGAUUUUACAGAACUUAAAAAAAUCAAAAGUAAAACUAAUGGAAGAAUAAGUAAAUAACCGUUUGCUUUGAGACAUUUAAAAAAAUAUCCUGAAUUUUUUUUGAAUAUGGAAAAAUUAUACAUUGAAAAUUUCAGGUAAAACCACAAAAUAAUUAAUAUUCUUUCUAAGUAAUAAAUUGCAGAUAUUUGUAAGGAAAAAGGAAUAGAUUUUGAUACUUUGUAGUUUGAAAAUGAUUCUAAUAUGUGCAAAAAUGCUUGUGUGAGUAUUAAUUGUCCUUUCUUUUUGAAAACUUCGGUUAAUUUUAAAAAGCAUAUGGGAGGUUGGUAAGGAAGUAUUCCUUAAGGUUUCCAUAGGUUUAUUAAAAGUAAAGCUAAUAUGGAAUUUGAAUAAAUUUGGUAAGAAGCAAAAUAGAAAUGGUAAUAAGGAUUCCCUGAAAAAUAUAAAGUAACUGAAGAUUUUGCUAAAUAAUAUAUUGAAUAAAUAAAAUAAUACUAUACAUAAUAAUGA